UUCCUUCCGCAAAAUCUAUAUUAAUCUGAUCUUAAGUGAGUGCAAACAGCUAAUUGUAUCAUUAUCUUUUGUAGAAUACUGUGAGGUCACAGGCAGAUCUAGGUGCAGAAUGAACCUCCUAGAGUUGAAUACAUUGCUCCGAACGGAGUCCUGUUGAAAUGGCAUUAACUGCUGUGAUUGUCUCCAUAUGCAUAGCUUUCCUGGAUACAGGAUGGGCAACAAAACCCACAACCUAUCAUAGUAUUUGCAAACUAAAAAAGAGAACUGCAGAUUGCAAUGGGAGGAGGCUGAGUUCUGUCCUAGAAGAUUUGCCUGCUGGGAUAGAGGAACUCUUCCUGGAUGCCAAUGUUAUACAAACUCUUUCAAAUGCAUCUUUCAUACAAUACCAGGUCCUACAGAACCUCAGUCUGCGUGCAAAUGGGUUGGAACUCAUUGAACCUGGGGCUUUUCUUGGCAUUAGGAAUCUUAGUCUGCUAACUGUGGCAAACAAUUUCCUCUCCCUCAGUUAUUCUGUGACAGCAGCUGCUUUAUGGACUUUGACUUCUCUGAGGAAGCUGGACCUCUCUGGAAACCAGCUUACUGAGCUUAUGAUGGGCAGUCUGAUCGAGCAUUUGUCCUCUCUAGAAUCCUUGUCGGUAGCGAGAAAUGCUAUCAUGAGGCUAGAUGACUCUCACUUCAGAAACCUGCCCAAGCUGCACCAUCUGGAUUUGCAGCAGAACUAUAUCUUUGAAAUUGAGGCUGGGGCUUUUGAAAGCAUGCCAGCACUGCAACAGCUUAACCUGGCCUACAACUACAUCCCUUGUAUUGUGCAGUUUGACUUGGCCCAACUUCAGGUGUUAAAUGUUAGCAAUAACCAUAUUGAAUGGUUCUUGUCUGCAGAGAAUGAUGCUUCUUUUGAACUGGAAACACUAGAUCUUUCCUACAAUCAGCUUCUAUUCUUCCCACUACUGCCCAAGUUAAAUAAAUUGCAGACUUUGCUGCUGACACACAACCACAUGAAUUUCUAUGGCAAAUUUUUCAAUGAUUCAAAGAGCUCAGUUCAAUUGCUAUUCCUAGAUGGCAAUAUCACUAACAUCACCAACCAAGAGCUCUGGGAAGAAAACAGCCAUGGCAAUCUCUCUUCCUUAACAUUUCUGGAUAUGAGCUGGAAUGAGUUCUCUUACCUUCCAGACCACUUUUUUGAAGGGUUAAUUUCCCUUGUUUAUCUGAACCUCAGUCACAACUGCUUAAAGACACUGAACAUAGAGGAUAGGGAAGUGCUAAAUACUCUCAUUGACUUGGAUCUCAGCCACAACCUGCUUUCAGAGUUACAGAUGAAUUUGGAUCCUGGAGGUAGCUUAACCAACCUCAGAAAAUUUAAUCUUAGCACCAACAAUCUGCAUGGCUUGCCACCUCAAUUCUUUAUCUACGUAACAAAAAUCACUACAAUUGACAUCAGUAAAAACCCAAUCCAGAUCUGUUCUCCACAUAGUGCUACAAGUCCUGAUUGUGUAACUUUUAAUUAUGCUAAUUCCUUAAGGAACCUUAUACUGUCUGGCUGUAACUUAAGCCUGUUGCACUGCCAUUUCUUUAAGGGGACUUCCCUGAUGUAUUUAGAUCUUUCUAAUAAUCCUAGGUUGUUUAUCAGUGGCUUGGGAACUCUGAAAGAUAUUGCUCCGUCUGUUCAAGUACUCUGUCUUAGGAAUACUGGUCUCUCUGCUGCAGGUACAAAGAUGGACUUUUCUGCAUUUCAGAAGCUGGUAAAUCUGGAUCUGUCUGGAAACAGUUUGGUAUACUUUCCAGAAUCCUUAAUAGACCUUAAACUUUAUACUCUAGAUCUCAGGAUGAAUUUCUUCCAUACCCUACCUCAGUACUUCAUGGAAAGGCAACUUGGAAAGAGUUUGCAUGUGAUCUACCUCAGUGAGAAUCCUUAUGACUGCUGCAAACUGAGUUGGUGGGAUACUCUGCACAGCCAGGGAACUAUACGCAUUGGAGACAUGAGUGACGUCACCUGCAAUUACUCCUCCAGAGUCAUCAGCGCUACAAAUAUACCUGAAUCAGUUCACCAUGAUUGUAGGUGGCUAACAGCUAAUAUGACUUUGUUGUAUCUGGUGCUUAUCCUUCCGACCUGUUUGACCCUGCUGUUUACUUUUGCCAUCAUCUUUUUAAUUUUCAGGCAAAAAAUUCUUCAAAUGCUAAAAAGCAGGCAUAGGAAACCCAGCCCAUACUGAAAUUUGGUGGCAGAAAGAAGCAGUCUAAUGGCACCCGAUACUGUAAUGGGUUUAGAAGGUUAGAUGUCGCAGUCACAGGUUUAGUUCUGGCAAGCCAUAACUUGAAGUAAUGGUUUAUAUGUCCAGACAUGGCCAAAUUAUAUGUCCAAACACAUAAUUGGUAGGCAGCAAAAACCAUAAAACAGUAAUAUGGGUUAAAUUAAUAAUAGGAAGAAAAGUCCUUAACAGUUGGAAGAAGCAUAUAUAAGAGAUUUAUACUGGGAGUAAGCCAUGACAUUUGAAUAAAUCCAACUCUAGAUGCAGCUUCUUGGGCAAAUCUUUGAACUUAGUCUAUACAGUACUCUAAUCUUUCUCAGAUAUUAUGGCCAAGCUUUAUCCUAUGACUCUUUAUGAAUUCAUUCAUAAUUUAUGAAAAAUUAUUGCUAUCUUCAGUGUUUGGAUUAGGCAAUGUAUUUUUUUUUCUGAGAAUGAGAAAGUAGCACAAUGAUUUUUCAUCUCAGAUUUAAUCACAUUUCAAAAAAUAAAUGUACAAUCCUAUGUGUUGAAUGGUAUAUUGAGAAUACUGCUGAUUUGAUAGCAUAGAACCCGAAGAAAGGAAAGAGAUACGUGAAGGAACAACCAGCUUCCUGUACCUAGUGCUUUUUACAUGUAUUGAGACUAUAACUUCCAGAUUCCUCUGGCUUAGAAUUCUGGUUCCAACUCACCUCCAGGGCACCUGACUGUGGAAGGUUACAAGUGAUAAUGCCUACAUCAUUUUUAGUAGGGCAAUUGCUUUCCACAUUGAUGUGCCCUAGCAGACCUCAUUAAUCCUAUUUUUCUUUAAAUAGAUUUUUUUUCAAUUUUAUAAAACCCAGUAAUAUCAAUCCUGAGAGUUGAAUUCUUGGAGUCAGUGCAGAAAGUGGACUGUGUUCCCCACCCUGCUAUGUUCCGUUCUAUGCAAAAUAGAUCUACCCCGGUAUUCCACUUCAUAUAUGAACAAACACAUACCUGCCUGUUGCCCUGUAUGUUCUGUUUGAUUUUCAAAGUGUAAGAUCCUGACUGCCUGUGAUAAUAAUUCGCAAAGGAGACACCUGCAGAAUAAUUUUGUUUAAAACAGCUGGUUUCUAGGCCCCUCUCCUUUCUUGUAUAGAUGAGUUACGUAUGAAAAUCUGACAUCUGCUUAAAAGAAAGAAACCCAAGAAAUCUGAAUGGAGAAUUUUUCCAGUAGCAUUAGGGUUUCUGAGUCCCAUGGGCCUCAUUUCCUCCACUGCUAUCCAGUGCUCCAUAUUCAUCUCCAGUGACUGGUUAGUAAAAUAACAGAGACAUACUAUAACAUCUUUCUAAAAGGAACAUACGUUUAGAAAAAGGUCACAGAUGUUCUAGUUUCACUGAACUUUUACAAUUUGGGUAUGAUCUGCUGUAGGUAUAAUGUUUUUGUGUCCAUUAAAUGUACAG